AUACCUUGGAUGAAACCCCUGGUUUCUAAGAAGAAAUCCUGGUGGGUUCAAAGUUUUAUGGAAGCAGUUUGACUCAUUUUACUGCUACUGUGCAAAAGGCUUAUAACACUUCAUCUCACUAAAGAAAAAAAAAAUACAAACUGAAAUCAGUAUUUUUCGGACCCACUAUAUAUCUGUGAGGGUUAAAAAUGGAAUUAUUUAUUCAGUGCAGGACUUCUAACAGACAUGAGUCCUGUAAGCUGCUUUUGCUGUAGUCACAGUCAGCUGAACAUUACUAAGGAAGUUUCUCUACAUCAUUCAUUCAGGAGCUGGGAAGGGAAAUAUUCCUGCUGACUCAUGCUUAUUAGUAUUUUCCUUGCUCCACCUCCAGUCGUUUUGGCUCCUCCUCUCCUCUCUUGCUGCUGGUUGCCUACUAUAUUUAAACAGCUGUCUUAGAGCAGAGAGAGGAUUCCAGCCUCGUAGUUUGUUUGGCUCUCCUGACUGUACAACCAUUUUCAUAAAGAUCCCACCUCUCAUCAGACCUGCUGCUAAAGCAGGUAGAUUCCAGAGCAUAAAUGCUUCCAGAUGGGAAAAUGUAUCCAUUGGUGACCAGACCCUCAAAUAAGAGCGGGCUCAAGACACUGCCUGUUGUGAUCAUAGGGAAUGGACCUUCAGGAAUCUGUCUCUCAUAUUUGCUGUCUGGUUACACCCCUUACUUCAAAAGACACUCUCUUCAUCCUCAUCCUAUUCUUCAGAGGAAACUGGAAGAGGCACCAGAAGUGUCUGUUUUGGACCAGGAUUUGGAGUAUCUUUCUGAAGGCUUGGAGGGACGAUCCCACAGCCCUGUGGCUCUACUGUUUGAUACUCUACAGCGUCCAGACACAGACUUUGGUGGGACAGAAGAAUCUGUGCUCACUUGGUGGCAUGAGCCUGACAGAGCCAUCCCCCACCUGGUCCUUGGCAGAAACCCUCCUGGAGGUGCCUGGCACUCUAUAGAGGGCUCCAUGGUUACCCUGAGCAGAGGGGAAUGGAUGGGACUCCCAGAUCUCCCUUUCAAAGAGUGGUUAAAGCAAAAGAGAAGAGGCCUCAGAAACAAUAGAGCCACAGCAGAGGACAUUGCUCAAUAUUACCAACACUAUGUGAUGAAGAAAGGACUGCAGAAGAAUUUCAGAUGUGGCACUGUUGUGACCUCUGUGAGGAAAGUGAGUGCAGAGAGCAUCUCCAACCACACCCAGAAAGAUCUGCAGGAGGGUAGUGACUCACUGUGGAGCUCCAAUGAAAAAAGUACAGAGGUCUUUCAGGUGGAUGGAUUUUUUAAAACUGUGGAAGGUGAUAAAGAGCCCUUCUCCAUCUAUGCAGAGAAUGUGGUUUUGGCUACAGGAACAUAUGACAAUCCUACCUGGCUCGGGGUCAAGGGAGAAAACCUUUCCUAUGUCCACCACCAGCUGUCUGCCCUAGAAGAAGCAGUGAAGAACAACAGUGUUGGCAUCAUGUCAGAUCCAGUCUUGAUUGUAGGUGCUGGUCUGACAGCUGCUGAUGCGAUUCUCUUUGCUCACCAGUGCAAUAUUCCAGUAAUCCAUGUUUUUCGGAGACGAGUCACUGAUCCGGGCCUUAUUUUUAACCAGCUCCCCAAAAUGAUGUACCCUGAAUACCACAAAGUCCAUCAGAUGAUGAAAGAACAGACAGCUGCCUGUGCUGGGCCCUAUGAGUGCUACAUCAGCCUCCCUGAACAUCACGUGCUCUCCUUUGGCAAGGACAAGAAAUGCAUCUUUCAAGACAAGAAUGGCUGUCAGAAAUCUUAUAAAAUUUCCAUGGCUCUCGUUCUAACUGGCUCAAACCCCAACCUCUCCUUUCUGCCAAAUGAUGGCAUUGACUUGGCAAUGGACAGUGAGCAGCCAGUCAAUCCAAAGAGGAAUCCCAUAGAUGUGGAUCCAUUCACCUAUGAAUGCACUCAGGAGAAAGGGCUCUAUGCUCUGGGACCUCUGGCAGGAGAUAACUUUGUACGCUUUGUGCAGGGAGGGGCUCUGGCUGUUGCCAGCUCUCUGUUAAAGAAAGCCAACAAAAAUCCUCCCUAACAAAAAAAACCAUCCCUUUACUACCUGUACCUGGAUGGGUUAGUGCUCCUUCCAUGGAGCAGCAAAUCAUCUGAUUUGUAUAUCCUCAAAUCUAAAGGCCAUUCCUGGUAUUCUUCAAGGUUACAUGGAGAGUUAGUAAAUUCUUGCUGAGCUAUUUGGGAAGAUUAAGUGACCAAAUACAGGGUGGGUUCCACACACAGCAGUAUCUUCAAUUCCUGAGAAUUCAGCUCCUUUUCUGCAUAGCAGUGCACGGUUACUGGUUCUGAAGCCAAGGGACAAGACAGGAAUUGCUCUUCGAUCUAAAAUGCUCCAGGUGACUGAAAAUUGGAUUGAGGAAACAAUGUCAAUUAUUAUCAGAUAGCAGGCCCACAACACUGUGUCUGUUGGUGUCUUACAGUGUUUUGUCUUGAAACAAAGUAAACUGACCUGGUUUUAUUUACUCCUGUGGUUUGGCUGUAUGUUCUUGUUAGGCCAGAAAUCACUGCCAGGUGCUGCAGGUACCUCUUUGGCGUGUGGAGGGGUACUCUGGAAGUAAAAACUGGCACACGAACAUUCGAAAUGGUAUUGUCUCCCUGACACCAGCAAUAAGUAAUUUAUGAUUUUUAAAAAAAAUCAAGAGAUUCCUGUGAUGGGUUCUUCUCCUUCCUGAGAAGAAAUGGUACUGAUUUGCAAAUACUUGGUUUGCCAUCCUGCAGCUUCCUGCUUUCUAAAUCCUAAACCUGUGAUAGCCAAACUCUUGGCAGCUGCUGUAGAGACAAGCAGAACUAAAGGGGAGCUAUAGGUCUGUCUUGGAACUGCCCACAUACUGUAUGGGGCUUCUGCUGCCUUGGGUAUUCUGGAAAGGUGCAAUAUGAUAAAUUACUAAUGUAUUGUGUGUUUUUUAAAAUAAUAUUAUUUGUAGAAGAGGGGAAAAUGGCACAGUCACUUUUUGGUAGCGUUAUGCUAUAUAUAUCUCAACUUUUUAUACUGUUUUUCUAAAAGAAUUUUAUUGGCAGAAUAUUUUGUUACAGUCUUUCAGUCUGUUCUGGAUGAGCUGGGGUGGAUGGCAAUGAUGCCUUAUGUUGUAAGCAGCAUUCUCAACAGACCUACAGGGGCUUUCAUACCUCUCACAGGAAAAAUUGCUGUCAUAGUUAAUUUAAUUUGAUGUAAAGACAGACUCUGCUCCCUGUGCUGCACUGAAACUCACUGACAUCACAAGGCUCUGAAAGUGGGAUGAGAUAUCUGUAAAUGAAUUAGUCUGAAGCUGAGAUGUGGGAGGGGCUUGUUUGUGGUGUUACUGUAUCACAUUUGAAUCAUUUUUCUGACUGACUAUUCUUGUAGGAAACUUUCCAAUAAAGUGGUUUCAGACUUA